GAUGAUAAAUGUUUGUAGUUUUCAUCGCGAGAUGUCACAACUGUUGAAUUUACGAACGGUAGUGGUGGUGUGGUGAAUGGUGAUGGUAGUUCAAGGAAAAAGGUAAUGCCGGAUGUCGCUGUAUUCUUGCAACGAUUUGCAAAUGGCAGAUCAAUGCAGAAAAGAGAAUUCCGUGGCUUGUGUUUAAUAUUUGAAAAAAAGUAGAUUGAACUAGCUAGUGUCCAUAGUAGUAAUCGAAAGUAUAUAACAUGAUACAUAUUGAGUUGUUCCAUUAAUGGGGGCUUUAAAAAUAUUAGCAUUUAGAAUCGUGUGAGAGACGAUGUUAGUAGAAAGUAGUAUCGUUAUUUCAGUUGCAUCUUAUUUUUGAUCAAGAUAUUAACAAAACGCAACAAAAUAAGUUAUCUUUUUGACUAUCCGACGACGCUACGAUGAAGACUUGACGCAUAGGAUGCGUGCGCUCGCGCACUCGCGUGUACGUGGUACAAUUAACGCAUUAUACACAUACGCACAGACACACAUACACAAAUAUCACAUUAUUCGUACCAUCCAUUUUUGUUAAAAGGAAAGAGUUUAAAAGAGUAGUAGUAACGAAAGAGAAACUUAUGUCAUAGAAGAACAUUAAUCGCAGUGACGACAGAUAGAUAUUAAGGUGAUAGAGAAUCGUUUUUAAUCCACUUCGUUAUACACGUACAUCUAUCUAUCAAUAGUCAUAAUAAACUAUUAUUCUUGGUAAUACCGUGUACGGUAAGUACUGUAAUCAAACUCGGUUUAAUAAAACGAAGUUUCUGGCUGGAAUUUUUUUGCAUUCGCGAUGGGUAGGUCAUUGAAUCGUCGGUUAUACUAGUCCUUUAUUUUAUCGAAUCCUAGGAGACGGAUUCUCGGUAUAUUGCAUAAAUCGAGAGAGAUGGCAGGAUAUGACACUUGAAGAAAGAAAGAAGAAAAAAUAGUACGUAUAAAAAACGUUUUAACGUGACACAGAGAUUAACUACGCUACGAAUAUAUAAAUAUCGGUUAACACGAAAGAAAUAUAUUCAUUGUAUCGUUUGGAAAAAUUGAUUUAAAAUAUCAUCGAAGAAAUUGAUCCCUCGUUGCCUAGGCUUUGUUAAAAGAAUUCAACCAGUCUACGAAAACAGAUGUCUCGAUUGUAAUGAGUGCAAAAGGUAAAUUAAAAAUAAACGAAGAGAAGAUGGACGAAUAUAGUAAGAAAUUCGCAGAAAUGCAAAAAUACAUUCCGUUUUUAGAAGCUAUGAUCGAGAGGUUACAAAAUGUUAAGGACGAGUCAAGAGAGAUUCAAUUGCAAAAGAUGCAAAGCCUUCAUGGAAUUUUGUCUAAUAGUAAACGGAAGUUAAAGAUUGAAACUUUAAAAAGAUGCGAAGAUGUUCUACAAAAGUUGUACAAUAAAGUUGAAAAGUUUCAGGGAAAUACACCAGGUAUUCAUGUGUCAAACAAAAAAUCCGGGGACGUUGGUUCGCAGCCGACAGCUUCAUCGGACGAUGAAAAUCGUAACAAGAAGAACAAUGAAUCAACCGAAAUUGAAGCCAUGACAUCAAAAGUAGCGGUAGAAGAAACUCCAGCCAGCCCGAGUCCUCCAGUGAGUCCUGAAACGGUUUCUCAAACGGCUCCAAUAAUUAUACCUACAGAAAGAAGCGUAGAUUCGAUAUUGGAACUCUGCGAUGAGCAUAUAAAUUUGAAUGAAAUGGAUAUGUCUCACAGCAUUAAACCAAUCGUAAUACCGACUGAACGUAGUUGUGAUAUAGGUAGACACUCGCCGAAUUCGAGAAUUGGUUCGAUUGAGAGAGAAGAUAGCGAUGAUCUUACCUGUUCCGAAUGGGAUAUGUUAGAAGAAUCUGAGAUACAAAGACCUAAAUUUAUUAGAGGUUCCUGGAAGCCUGUGGUUACUAGUAGUAAUCAUGAUGCUCCGAACGCGACUAAACUAAUAAGUUUCAAUUUACCGCAAAAAAUGACAGAUAUGCAAAUGCUAACAAAAUCACGGCAUAUAGUUACCGUUCCAGUACCUUCGUUAGGAGGUUCCAGAAGGCUGUCGUCGGUUUUAGAAAAAAAUAUGACCGGAUUAGAUUUAGAUGCAAUUAAUUCUAAUUCUAAACCAGAAUCGCCCAUCAACGUUCCAGAAGUUUUACUUAAAUCACCCGAUUCAGAGAUUUUGUUCUCUAAACAUAAGAAUAUUUCAUCAAGGGUAAAGGAUGGUGGAUUUUCCACACCAAAAUCAAACUCAAAGCCACCAGCCAUGCUAGUUUCACCGCCACCUGUCUCAACUGAACCACCACUCUCUAUCGAGGAUUUAGCCGAAUUACUAAACGAGGAAGAAGACACAGAUAAUAAUAAGAAGAAAGAUGAUCAAUCGCAAGAUAAUUCGGAUCUUAAAAGAUUAGGAUUGGGGGACAAGCCAGCAGAGGAAACUCCAACAAAGAAGGAUAACAACAAAAAAGUAUGUACCAAUACUGAUUUAAAUACGUUCAAACAAUUUUCGCUUUCUCAAGACGAAAUUGAUCGGGAAAGCGACAGACGUUGGGAAGAAACAGACAAACAUAUUAUUAAACUUACACCGAGGAAACAUUUGCCUAAUGCAAUGCAUAUAUCGUUAAAUGCAAAAUCGGAAACAGUAAAGUCAAACGAAAUAAAGGGUCCGUCAUCAUCCCAUCAACAUAAUUUCUCUGCAAAUAUUGAUAAAUCACUUGACCAUAGACAUGGAUCAUCUUCGCCAUCUUAUAAAGUAGAAUUACGUUACCCUGAAAAUUAUGAUAGAUAUCAACGCCAAAUGCGUGAUAAUGCCAAUGAUAAAAUGUUGAAUGUGCAUCUUCGUUUGCAAGAUGAAGAAAUGGGAGGAAACGUGCAUAUUUCGCAUGGUGGUCCCGUUAUACAAGAGGACAAAAAUGCAAUGCUGUAUCAAAGACGUGCGCAAACUCCUAUCUCAGGAGAUGGGCCAAGAGUAGAUCCUUCGGGUCAACAGGAACAUUUUAAUCGGCAAUCUGUAAACCAGUCUUUAUGGCCAUCUCAUCUUCCCUCAAAUCAAAAUGAUUUUUAUAAUUCUCAGUGGAAUUCUCCUAAUAAUUACAAUCCAAUAGGCAAUAACUCGAUGCAAAGUAUACCAAUGCCUAAUUCCAUGUAUCAACAACAUAACAUGGGAAUGCACCAAGAUAUGUGGAAUUCUGGAAUUCCAAACUCAGCUCCUAUGGAUUCACAUUCAAUUAAUGAUUCACCGAUUAGAUCAAAUCAUUAUGGAAUAAGACCACUAUUGAAUAAUCCGCUUUCACAGAGUCAAGAAGUUGGUGGUCACGAUGAUUCUUCAAUAAUACCACCUCUGUUAUCUCCUACCAAUUACCCUCCUCAAUAUAGAGGCUUUCAUGAUGUCCCCUUUGAUAGACCCGUUGAUUAUCCGAUUGCAAGGCAAUCGUGGGAUCAACCAAUAAAUAGGUCGAAUGAGUCAUCUUAUCGAAAUGAUCCCGAAAUAGGUUGUUCGGAUGGGAUGAUGGGAAUGUCUAAUUCAUAUUCAAGACCAAGUACACCUUGUCCCUGGAAUAAUAGAGAUAGAGAUCGAUCUAAUCGAGGUAGAAGUAGAGAUGGUUAUUUCAAUGAUAAUAGAUGCAGAGGUGAAGGAAGGAAAAGUUUUAAUCGCGAUAAUCGCUCUAGAUCUGAUCGAGGAAUUAGAGAUAUAGGACAACACAAUGAUUGGGAUAAUUGUAAUCGAUUUAAUAGGGAAAGUCGAAUUGUUGUUUCGGAUAGAGAUCCACGAAUUCGAACAGAACACGGUACAUCGUCUCUAAAUUCAAAUCAUAAUCGAGAAAGUAGUAGUAGUAACAAUAGUAGUGGUUCUAAUAGGGAUCCACGUCUGACCAAGGAUAAGCAUUCUAAUUCGAAUAAAUUUAAAGAUGAUGCAUGUCCAAAUAGAGAUCCCAGAAAAAAACGUUCAGUAUCGUCUUCGGCGUUACCUUUGACGCUACGAAAAAUGAAACAAAAGUCGAAAUCGAAAAAGAAUGGAAAUCACAAUAAACGUAAUUCUGGUAACAAUAGCAAACAAACAAGCAACGACAAAACAUCCAUAGAUAAAAUGCAAUCGCCUCUAGAAAGUUUAUACGGUGUUAUCGAUACAAAAAGUAAGGGUGGUCGUUCUUAUGGAUUGCAAAAAUUCAAAAUACCAAAGAUCAAACGAUCAGAACAGUCUACUCAUUCGUUGAGUAAUAAAGCAAAUGAAGAGAAAAAAUCUAACAAAGAUAAAAAGAGCUCGGACAAAGACGAUACAUCUUCUGAAGUUACGAGCAGUAGCGAUGUGGCGAGCUCGAAAGAAAAUUGGGACGUGGAUGAUAGUAAUAUUGAAGUAAUACCUUCAAAAAACGAAAAUGUUGCAUCAGCGAUAGAGACAACGAAUGAGAAGAAAGAUAUUUCAUCGCCGACAACUUCAACAGUUGAUAAAGAUGAACAAAAAUUCGAGGAGCCUGAUUCAAUAACCAAUACAUCUGUGGCUACUUCCGAAACUAUAGAAAAUCCAAAGAAAGAUGAUACAGAAAUAGACGGAGAUAAAAUAAAGGAUGACCUUACCCAAGAAUGGAUCGAGGGUUUAAUUAGGAAAUCUUUAGAAAGCGGAGAAGGAAAGAAAUUGUUUGAACAAGCUAAAUUAAUAAAAAAAUUAGGCGAAGCAUUGGAAGCUAAGAAAUUAAAGAAAAUUAAGAAGAUCAUUGAAUCUGAAUCUGAAAGUAGUAGUUCGGAUAAGAAUGCAAACGCUGAGAUGAAAAAGGUACAAGUUAAGAAAAAGCGACGUGUUAUUGUUUCUUCUGAUAGUUCUGAAGAAGAUUGUUUAGCUGAAAGAUUGGGUAUAUUAAAUAAUUUAUCUGACGAAAAAGACGAGAAUAAUGAACUCAAUAAAGACAAUAAAGAUAAUAAUAUUAAAUUAGACAGUAGUGAUACUGAUGAAAAGAAUCAGAAAGAAUCUCUUCAGAUGUCUUCUGAAUCUAAGGAACUUGUAAGUACUGAUGAGAAAUUUAAUAUUGAUCAUUUGAAAAGCUCCCCUACUGUUGUGGUAAAGUCUGAAAUAACCGAAAUGUCGGAAAUUAAUAACGAUACGAAUGAAAUUGUCGAGAAUAGCAAUGAUAAAAAGAUAAUUGAGGUCAAGGAGGAUGACUUAGAACAAAGACUAAAAUGUACAGAAGAAUUUAAUGUAAAUGAACAAUUUACACCAAUCGAGAAUACUUCUUUAAAGAAUGAAAUCAUUGAAGAUAAAGAAAGUGUUUUUAAAAUGUCCAAACCAAAAACAAAAAGAAGAAAUUCUUUGGAAAUGUUACAGGAAGAUAUUCGAGAAAUGUUUAUUAGCGAAGGUGUAGUAACUGCUACAGGGCAUCGUAUGUGUCGAAUUUUGAAAGAAAAUCCAACGAGUACUUCUACUACAAUUAUGUCUACGAGUAACUCGAAUUCGAUAUCCAAAAAACCAGAAGCAAGCAAACUAUUGACUAAGCAGAACAAUGUGGAGAUAGAAAGUAAAGAACAAGUAUUAAAUAUCUCUAAAUCAAAGAAAGUUCCUAGAAUUCGAAAUAACCAAAAGUUAAGUAAAACUAAAUGCAAGAAUAAAAAGGAAGUGCAAAGGCUUACACGUCAACGUUUGAAGGGAAAAGCUUUCAGCUCUGAUAGCGAGGAAGAUCAACCUUUAUCUUUGCGAACUAAUAAUCGAGAAUGGAGUAGUAACAAAAAUUUCGAUGUUUCUAAAGAAGAAGAUGAAAAGUAUCAAGAUGCCGAAGUUCUACGUAGAAGUAAACGUGUACUUCAUAAAGAAAUUCCUAAAGAGGCUCGAGUUCUUAUAGAAAAAACGGAUAUUGUCAAAAUCGAAUCUUCCAAGACAAUGUUUGAUAGUUCUUCGGACGAAAGUUUUAAUAUAGAUGUAGCAGAAUUAACUACUACUAUAGAUAAUUCAUUUAAUACAGAAAAAGAACCAAGUCAUAGCUCACUGCAAGUAGCAUCUCCUAAGAGUAGUAGAUCAAACAUUCCGAAUCUCUCUAAGAAGGGUUUAAAAAGAAAACGUUCAACACUUCUCAGUGUCCAUAAAAUUGAAGAUGUUGCAUCGAUUACGGACGAAGAGAGUAUUGUUUCAGAUAUCUCCAUGUCAAGUAGUAUAGCUUCUGGAAAGAAAGUUAAUAAUAAUCUUGAUAAACCCAAUAACAGUAAAGAAUUAUUAGACAGUGAUACUGUAGAAGAACUAGUAUCUUCCAAAGCAAACAAAAACGUAUCUAAAUUAGAGAAAGUAAGCGACGUUGAUGCUGAUGAUGAUGUAAAUGAUUCUAUACGUAUUGAGCAAAGUCAAAAGAAAAUUUCAGUUAGAAGAAAAAGAAAGAAAUUAAAUUGGCAGAUGGGGAUUUUAUCAAAAAAGAAAAGGAAAAAAGUGUCACCUACAGUACAAGUACAAUCUGAUCGAAUUAUCCCGGAAAUUCAAGGUACACUUGAGAAAGUAGAUGUUCAAAAAGAUAAGCCUGAUAUAAUGGAAAAGUUAAAAAAUCCAGUAGCAAGUAUACCAGACAAAGAAGAACAUAAAAAAGAAUCUAUUUUAUCCUCUGUUGAUUAUGAAAUUAAUGAGGCCAAAGAUAAUGUUAUAAAUGGUGAAGAAAACAAUAAGAAAAAAGAUACUAAACAAAAAACUACAGAAAAAACUACAGAAGAAACUAAAGAAAAAGAUUGUGCAAAUGCACCUUUAGUGUCCCCUACACGUGACGUGGAAAAUAUUGUAAUCAAAACAGAAAAUAAAGAAAUGUCACCAUCAAAGGAUGAUAAACAGUGCGUAAUGUGGCGUAAUUUAAGCGUACAACAGUUAAUUGAAUAUGCUUGGUCAGGUCAUCAAAAAUAUAAGUGCUUAUAUUGUCCGUUUAAUGGUAAAAGUAUUAUUCAUCAUUAUAAAUUGAAUCAUCCUGGAAAAGAAGUUUCAAUAUCUAGAUUUAAAUCAGAAGAAGCAUAUUUUGCAAUAGAAGAAGCUAAAAAUAAUAAUUAUGAAAAGAUAUGUUCAAAAUUUCCAGAGAUAAAAUCUUAUUCAUUUAAUUGUAGAUUUUGUUAUUUCACUAUCAAAGGAACUAAAGAUGCUGCCAUUGAAGAAUUUUAUGAACAUUGUACAGCACACACUGGAGAAUAUAGAUUUGAAUGUAAGAAAUGCUCUUAUGAAACUAUUACUAAACCAUCUAUGCGUACUCAUUAUUAUAAAAAUUGUCGCAAAUAUAGUGGUACUUUUAAUAAUAUCGUAAAAGUAGAUCCAAUACCAAAAGAGAACGGUAUAUAUGGAUAUUUGUGUUCUGCGUGCAAUUAUGUACAAUUGAAAGAAAUUAAUCUUCAGAAACAUUUGAAAAUUUGGCAUCUCAAUGUCGCGGAUGUAAAUAUUAUUAAGAUAAAUAUGUCAACUAACACGGCUGACAUUACAAGCAUAAUUUCAUUAAUUAACCAUGAUUUGAAAAUGAAGCUUAAAACAAAUAAAACUUCUGAAUCAGUAGAACAAGAAAUGAAGAAUGAACAAACGAAGGAUGAACAAACGAAGGAUAAACAAACGAAAGAUGAACAAACGAAGGAUGAACAAACGGAGGAUGAACAAACGAAAGAUGCACAAGUUGUUUCUAAUAAUGAUGAUGUAAAUACAAUUAUUCUGACACCAGCUAUUUCUAAAGAGAAAAAUAAAGAAGAUAAAAUGAAAAAAAAAUCUACGACUAAUAAAAAUAAGUCAAAUAUUGCAUCUAAGGCUGAAACACAAUCGACACUGCCUGAAAAGGGAUCAGAAGAACUGACAGUACCGAGUACUAUUAAUAAUAAAUUAAGUGUAUUCGUAUGUCCGCCUGAGUUAGAGCGUAAGGAAGUAGAAAUUCAAUUGGAACGAAAAAAGAAAAUGCAAGAAAUUGUUGAAAACUUUGGAAUUAAAGUAUAUAAAGAUGUUUCCGAAAAGAAGAAAUCUAUUAUCGACACUCUAAAAGAUAAAAUGAAAACGAAUGUGCGAAAAGAAGAUAGACAGAAUAAAGAUCUUAUUUCAACAAGCAAUGUUUCUGAAUUAUGUCUUUCAAACGACUCUGUUUCUUCUACUAGUUCAACACCAUCUCAAAGUAAUACAAAGACAAUGGAGCUAUCUAUAUCAAAUACCAAAACAAUAAAUGAGCAAGAUAAUAUUACCGAUGUGGUUGAAAACAAUUCAAAUCUCAGUUUUGAAAAAACAGAUGUCCAAGAUCCCUCACUAUCCACAAAUAUUGAUAAUAAGACGGUUGAAAGCGAAAUUGAGACAAGCGAUAAUGAAACUACUAGAGAGUCUGCAACCAUUUAUGAUUCAGAUUCUAGUAGCGAGCAAACGGACACAGAAAUAACUACAGAUGUAAACACAAUAUUAAAAGAAACUUCCAAUAUUACUGCAUCGUCAAAAGAUCCGAUGAUGACAACCAUACAAAGACUUGCCGCUCAAUUACAAAGUACAAAAUCACGUGAUGAAGAUGCAUCUGAAAAUCUUACUAAUACUCUAAUUGAUAAUAUCAACAUUACAUUUAUACCAAAACCUCCAAAUGUAAUACCUAUUUCCAGCCUUAAACAUUUGUUUGAUAAACAAAAUCAAACAAUACACGAGUUUACAAAACCGGUCGCAAAUGAUGACAAUGAACCAAAAAAUUUCCUCAGAUUCAGACGUUUAAGCGGUGAUAUGCUUUCUGUGCCUACUCAACCUUCAGAAAAUCAAGAAGACAGGCUAUCUUUAAGUGCGAGUCAAUCUGAUAUUGUAGGUGACGUAUUACAAACGGAUACAGAAGAAGAAUGUUCAUUUUUAAAAAUCGAGAAUGUAGUUAGUCUUGCACCAUCUACUGAAAGUGUCGAAAGUGAAAAUACUAUUAUAAAUGAUAUCAGAAAAGCUGUUGAAACUUUAUCAGUUAAACAUCAAACAGUCUCAUUGUUAAAAACUUCUUCUAAUCAACCAUUAUUUUUAAAAAGAAUUAAUCCUGUGGCUAUAAGACCAGCAAUUGGAACACCAGGUGUUUCUCAUGAACCUUUACAAUUAAUACCACUCAAAGCAGUCAAAGCAGUCAAAGCAACCAAAACAACCAAAUCAGCCAAAUCAGACAAAUCAGAUAAACAAGUCAAAUCAAUCAAAUCACUAAUGCCUAAACCAUCAACAACUACUACCAAUUUCAUACCUAUUGUUCCAAAGUCACAGAUAAUACAAAUAGAACAUAAUCAAUUACCAUUUCAAGUAUCUGUUGGUAAAGCUACUACUAUAUCACCAAUAACUACUCAUAUUGCGGGAUCGAACUCUCCAUCUUUUACAAAUCCAAAUUACAAAAUUUUAAAAGUGAUUAAAACGACGCCUUCUCUUAGAGCAAAGGAUUUAACAACUAAGUCGACAGUAGAUAAAUUGAAAACUUCCGACUGUUAUAUGGCCAUGUUAAAACCUCAAAAACUCAGUCACUUAUACAAAUGUAUGGGUCGUAAUUGUUCUUUUACAUCAGAUUCUGAAAUUUCAUUUUGCAAACAUUACAGUCUACAUAUGGUAUCUUCAAUGAAUACAAAUGAUGCUUCUCCACAUGAUUAUCAAAAAUGUGCCUAUUGUUAUAUGGUUCUAAGCGAUUCCGCGCAAAUGAUAAACCACGUAAAUGAGAAACAUUCUCACUGUCGUUAUCAAUGUAAUUGCUGUUUUUAUAGAGCAAUUACACCAUCUUAUGUACAAAUACAUCAGGCGAUAUCUCACGCAAACAACGCAAAUACUGGCAUUUUGCUUGGUAAACAAAAAAAAGAUAUUCCAACUAAAGAGGAUUUUAAUCGCCGUGAUUAUGUAGAACCGUACAUAUGUCAACAUGCAUGUGACAAGAUGUUUUAUACACCAGAUGCAUUCUUGCAUCAUUUAAAAGCAAAGCAUCCUUUUAUAUCUAGUUAUAAGUGUCACUUAUGUCACUCAUCAUACAUAAAACCACACCAGCUCGUAACACAUUACAAAAUUCAUGGGAUUAAUAAACACCAAUGCUUGUACUGUUUAAAUGGUACAGACACAUUUAGCGAUAUGCUUACCCAUUUAAGUCUAUUUCAUUGUAAUCGAUUGCCACAAAUUCUUGAACGUAUUAUAUCAACAGAGACACAAUCUACAGACGUAAUAAAUCGACUGUCAAUAAAAACUCUGGACAUGAAAACGGCAAGCACAGUAGUAGAUCCAACUGAAAAUAACCAGGAAAAUCCUGAAUCGUCAGAAGACAUUUCUAUAUUGGAUGACAGAACGAAAGAUACGACGGAUACGGUGACUAAUUUAUUUGUAAAGGACAGUAAUAAGGAAGGCAAUUCUUCGUCAUCCAAUAAUAGUUCUAUAGGUUUUACAAAUCAAUCUUCAGACAUAAUAAAUAAUUCUAAUAGUUGCAAUGAAGCUCUUCAAUUAGAAAAUAAAACAUCAGACACAAAUAUUAAUCCGGAAGGAAAGUAUCAUAUUUCAAGGCAUAUUCUUCAUGAACCUGAAUUACAAUUAUUAUCUGGCGUAGAUGGAGAUAUCAGCGCAGUAGAUCCAUUACAAUUAACAAAUUCAUUAGAUUGUGCGGAUGAAUACGUUAAUAUCAAUGUUUUAGACAAUCCUAAUUUCGUGAAAAAUUUGGCUAAUCAGAACAACUUUUCCGCUACUAAGAAAUCUUUAAUUAAUGAAAACAAAACAGACGACAGUGAUAUAGAAAUAUUAGAUCAUAUUGAAAUUGCACAAGACGAUAAGAAAAACAUAGAAGAAAAGUUAAACCAAAGCGAUAAGGAUGUCCAAGAAACAUCAGAUAUAAUUUCAACUGAAAAACAAGAAAUAAAUAUAACUCGUGACAUAGAAGCCACGAAUAGUUCUGAUAUUUUAAAUACUAAUGUUAAAUCAGUAAAACCUUUGACUUUGGAAGAUAUUAAAGAUACAGGUUGUACAGGAAAUGAAUUGUAUAAAUGUGGCUAUGAAAAUUGUGAAUUCAAUGCUAUUAAUUCCUCUAUGCUUCGAGGACAUAUGAAAAAGUGUAGUCAUAAAACAGCUGAUAAGAAUUCAAGUUGUGUACACUGCAAGAAACGUUUUGUUAAAGUUGGCUUUUUACUUGAACAUUUAAAACUACAUGAGUUAAAACGUUUUGGUUGUUCACUAUGUGAUGCACGAUUUAGUGUUUCUUAUCAAGCCAAUAAUCAUAUGAAAGUAAAGCAUAAAUUUCAAUGCUCUAAAGUAAUUCCUGCUGAUCCAACAAAUCCUUCAGCCGAUGGCCUUUUUAUUGUACAACAUGUCUGGCCUAAAGAACGAAAAGGUAAAAAACGAAAAGGGGCAAGAGCAUCGGAAAAAGAUUUUGACAAAACUUUUGAUAUCGAAAAAUUAAUUUUUGGUCCUGACGAAAUAGAAUUGUUGCCUCGUCAAGCGAUAUAUAAUCGUGAGGUACAAUGUGCUGUUUGUCCUUAUACUACUAAAGUUAGAACUAAUAUUAUUAGACAUUUGCAACUUCAUGCUAAAGACGAAACUGUACCAGAAAUUGGUCCAGUCAAUCCUGUACCUUGUUUAGAUAAAAAAGAGAGAAUGUUCGACAAAAUGGUCAAUCUUGCAAGUAGUUCUCAUCAAAACGGUCGAAUGGGAGGAAAACCUAAAGACUCUGAAAAAGAUAACGAUGAGAGUUUUAUACCUAAAUUUGUACCAGAGCACAAAAGAUACGUAUGCAGCGUAACAGAAUGUAAUUAUCUUACUGUCGACGAAGCUAUGUUACGUUACCAUUUAAAAGCAUUGCAUUCUGAUGAACAGUACUUCCGAUGCCCACAUUGUCCACAACCAUCUCCGGGCCAAGAAGUACAAAACAUAGCAAUUGAUAAAAUGGGAGUUCAUUUGAAAAUGCAUGAUACUAGACUUUAUAAAUGUUCUCAUUGUAAUCAUCAUCACUAUCAUAGGCAUAUCAUUGAGAGACAUCUUUCUGAUAAACAUCCGGAGAAAAGACCAUUUGUCAAAGUAAUUAGGGAAUUAGAAAGUACAGAAAAUAACGUUCAACAACCAGCUCAAGAAAAAAUAGAAAAAGAAAUUCCAGAUCCAGAUGGUAACCAUUGGAAAUGUAACAUUUGUGAAUUUAAAUGUGUUUACAAAACUGAAAUGAUAUCUCAUUUAUCUCUAACCCACGAAGAAAAGACUCAAUUCAAAUGUACUGCCUGCGGUUAUAAGACAAAUGUAAAAGUACUUCUCGAACAACAUAUUACCUUCAAACAUGUGGGUGAACCAAGUAUUAUUAAUUAUAUCAUGAAUUAUGAAAAAAUAAAAGGUAUAAGUAAAAAAUCAGGGGAUACGGUUGAGCAAGGAGGACAAGAUGAACCGUUCGAUACUACUCCUCUUUGGAGAAGAGAUAUGCCACGAGUGAGACAUAUUCGUGGUAUCCUUUUAGAGGAUGAAGAAGUGGCUUUAAAAACUGAAACAUCUAUCAAACAAGGAAAAAGAAAAAGUGAUUCGGAUCUAGCUUCUACUAAACCAGCCAAAAUUAAACACGGCAAAUCAGUUUCUUUAGAUGAAAAUAAGCAUUGUAAUGAAAAAUCAAAACGUUCUCUGUCGUGCGAGAAAAUUGAAGUGAAUAAUUCUGUUGGAAGUGAAAGUAAUAUGUCGAAGGAAAUAAUCACGGAUAAUAGUAAUAUUUCACUUGAAAAAACACCAUCGAAAUCAAAUAAGAUUGAAGAAAUUGAUAAUGAAUCAGACGUAGAAGUAUUUGGACCUUAUGGAAGUCCUGUGAAUAAUUUGUAUGUGUGUACAUUGUGUGAUCAAUAUAAGACAAAAUACAAGCACGAUAUGCGGGAUCAUCUUUACAGAGAAUUAAAUUACUCAAGAUGGCAUUGCAAGGGUUGUGGAUUCUUGUCUGUAAAUCGUAAUGCAUUGUUGAAACAUUUUUCAAGACGUCACGGUGGAGGACGACCGGAUCAUGAACCUCUUUCUCCUGAUUAUUCUAUUGAACAAUGGGUCUGUACUUUGCUUAAGAGACAAACUGAUAUAAUGAAAGGAUUAAUACCGAAACCAGAUAAUAAGAAUAAGUCUUCUAUUACUAAAAGUAAUUACAAUAUUAUUAAGAAAGGUGAAAUUUUAAAAAACUUAUGUUCAAAAAGAAAGAAGAUAAGAUAUAACGCGACUAAAAAAAUUAAAACUAUUGAUAUAAAUAGUAAUGACGACAGUGAUAAUACAGAUAAGGAUAAGAACAAAGAUAAAGAUAAGAAUAAAGAUAAAGAUAAGGAUAAGAAUAAGGAUAAAAGUAAGGAUAUGGAUAUGGAUAUGGAUAUGGAUAUGGAUAAGGAUAAGGAUAAGGACAAGGAUAAAGAUAAAAAUAAGGAUAAAGAUAAUGCUAAUGCUGAUGCUGAUGCUGAUGCUGAUGCUGAUACUGAUGCUGAUACUGAUGCUAAUACCGAUGCUAAUGCCAAUGCUAAUGUCGAUGCUAAUGUUAAUGGUAAAGGUAAUGGUAAUGGUAACGAUAAUGAUAAUAAUGAUUAUGAUGAUGAAGAUGAUGAUGACGAUAACGAUGACGAUGACGAUGACGAUAAUUAUGAUGAUAAUAGCGAUAGUAGCAAGAAUCCUGUCAUUAAUACUAAUAAAUCGGGUCAAGAAAAAGAUGUAGAAGCAAAGAAAAGUAAAGAUUUACUAAAGAAUAAUGCGGAUAAUCAUUUAACUUGUAAACAUUGCAAAAUGAGAUUUACUAAAUUGAGUGGAUUUAAAUUACAUGUGCAAAUUGCACAUUUAAAAUGUCUUCAAUAUCUUUGUCCUUAUUGUGAUCGAAACACCAGCUAUAAAAACGCGAUGCGUCAACAUAUUCGUACAAAACAUCUUGGUUUGGCUGAGAAAAUCAUUCAUAAUCCUAUACCCAAUGACCUGGAAUUAACUGAUGAUUUUUGGUUGAAGGAAUAUGGUGUUAUGAAUUUGAAAGAACGUAAAAGAAGAAGUCAAAUAAAAGAGAGUUCUGCUACUGGUAGCGAUAAAACUGAUCAAGUACCAAGUGAAAUAUUAGGAGAUUGUAAACAGUGUGGUUUUAUUGCUUUGAAUCGUCAUGAACUGGAAGUACAUCUGGAAAUGCACGGGCCAAAAACAGAUUUUAAGUGUCAAUAUUGUGAUUUUAAUUGUGAUUCAAAAGCAGAUAUUGAAAAACAUUUGGAUACCAGUCAUCCUCGUGUACCAUCUAACAUUACAGAAGUUUCUAUGGAAAAUAUUGCAUCUACUAGCAGUGAUGUAAAUGCAGAGAAAUCUACAAAUGAUAACAAAGUUUUAAAUACAAAUAAUGAAAAUUGUACAAAUAAUUGUGAUUCAAAAGAAGUAAGAUACUCUUGCUAUUAUUGCAAAAUUCAAAGUAAUUCUAUAGAUGUAUUACGAAGACAUUGGAGUUCAUGUCAUCACACUUCGACAGUAAUUAAUGAAUUAGAAGGAAUAAAAGUAAAUCUUCCAUUUAAAUAUAACGAAGUAUACGUGCCAGUUCCAAAUAUAAAAAGUGGGGAUAGUGAUAUUGAAAUGACUGUAAAAACUGUUAAUAGUAACGACACUAAAGCAUGGAUUUGUCAAUGGUGCCACGAAGUAUGUUAUGCUGACUGCGAUAUGAAAAAUCAUCAAAAUAUGUUUCAUUCUCAUUUACCAUUUCAUUUCAAAACCAAGUGUGGGAAAGAUUUACAUAAAGUAUAUGUUUGUCCAAUAUGUUCUUUUAAAACAAUUUUUAUCAAUGGCAUGAGAAAACAUGUAACCAGACACAUAGAUUUUUAUAAAUGUAAAUAUUGCUAUGAAACAUUUAUUAGUCCAAGCCAAGUCGAAAUGCAUAGUAAUAAAGAACAUCCAGAAUUCUCAGUUAAGAUAGAACUUGUAACAGAUUAUAAGGAUAUAUUGGAGAACAUAAUGGAUAGAGUUUCGUGGAAUAGCAUAAGUGAGACGGAUUUUAACGAAAAAGAAAAACAAGAGAAAAAGUCAUGGAAACUAAAAUCGAACAAUCCAGCGGUUGCAAGAAAAUCUACAGCUAAGUCAACUAUAUGUGAACGCAAUCAUCCGUACAAAGUAAAAGCCGUUGCUCGAAAAUCUAUAAAUCCGCUACCAAAAUAUUCUACCGACACUGAUUUUUUACCUAGUAAUUGUACAAAUGAUAGUGAUUCGGACAAAACUUCGACCAACCAAUAUUCGUUUUAUGGAAUACCAUCAAAACCUGUUAACUUAGGACAAUUAAGUACAUACAUGGUAGUUGGAGGUCUUAGUAUGAGAGUAAAUUGUACUACUCUUGCUCAGCUGAUAAAUAUUAAUGCGUGCAUUAAGCUUAACGAUAUUAAGUAUGACCCUAAAUAUGCUUCUUUAUUUUCAAAAGCAAAACAGUGAAAGUUAUCAAUCAAAUAUCAUUGCUUGCAUCAACUAUCAAAAAUCAUUUUUUCUAGACAAUAACAGUACAGCACAAGAAUCUCAAAUAAUUAUUUGAGCUAUAAAUAUUUAAUUGAAUAAAUAGUUUUUUUUA